UGCUUCUGUCUGCGCUGUUUUUCAAUUUGUUGUCGAUGUAAACAUGCGCUAGACUGACGCCAAUGCUUCUCGCGCUGGAACGCCAAGUUCUCUAGACGCCUUGACAAGUAAAAAAAGAAAACGCGUCUCGAGACACCUCUGUUCAGUUCCAUUCACCGCGCAACGUCUAGAGUUUUUUAGACGAAAGGACGUUUCUGUGUGAACGGACCCCGAGUAAAAAGAUUUCAGCCUCUAAACUUUGCUGCGCCUCAUCUGGAGUCGAGCAGUUCGCCGGGAUCCGCGUCCCUCACUCCGCUGAGGCCAUGAAGAGAAGGCUUCAAAAAAAAUACAUCAUCUUAAUUCUAGGAUAUUCCGUGGUGCUGCUUUUGAUACCCUACGUACUAGACUACCGAAGUAAAACGACUCACAUUAAAGAUGGAUUUCAACAACAAAAGUGUCCCGAUCUGGAGAGCACCAUCGCCCUGUGGAGCAGCAGCAGAGACAGGACGGGCAACUCAACGGAGAUGGAGGACUAUGGCAACAGCAGGAGUCACUCCAGAACAAACAUAUACCUGCAUGCAACCUGGAGGACAGGUUCUUCUUUUCUAGGGGAAUUAUUUAAUCAGCACCCUGACGUGUUUUAUUUAUACGAGCCCAUGUGGAAUAUGUGGCAGGCUCUCUAUCCAGGAGACGCGGGCAGCUUACAAGGAGCGGUUCGAGAUAUGAUGAACUCGCUGUUUAGAUGCGAUUUCUCGGUGUUAAAACUCUACGCGGGUUCCUCCAACGUAACCACCUCGUUUAUUUUCGGUUGGAAAACGAACAAGGUCAUUUGCUCCGAGCCUCUGUGCAAAGCAUAUAAAAAACACGAAAUCGGUUUGAUUCGAGGCGACGUGUGUGGCAAAUGCCAGCCCAGGGAUCUUAAAGAGUUGGAAAGAGAGUGUAAAAAGUACCCCGUGAUGGUAAUUAAAGACGUGCGGGUUCUAGAUUUGGGUGUUUUGGUACCCCUAAUGCGCGAUCCCGCGAUAAACCUGCAGAUCGUACAGUUAUUUCGCGACCCGAGGGCUGUGCAUAAUUCUCGGCUGAAGUCCAAACUGGCCCUGGUGAAGGAGAGCAUCCAGGUACUGAGGAGCAAGAAACAGACAGAUAAAUACAAGCGCCUUCUGGUGCCUAGCAACAGGGUGAAUCGAGCCGAGAACUACGUCUCGAGCGCAAUGGAGUUAAUAUGCGACAACUGGUUGAGCGACAUGCUGCUGGUCUCGAACGCGCCGCCUUGGGUGAGGAGAAACUACUUGCAGGUCAAGUAUGAAGAUCUGGUCAUGAGACCCGUGGGCGAGCUCCAGAGACUCUAUCGUUUCUCCAACCUCACCCUCUCUCCAGACAUGGAGAAGUUUGUGGUGAACAUGACCCAUGGACAGGGCUACUCUUCAGAUAAGCCUUUCCUCAUAUCGUCCAGAGACGCGAAAGAGGCCAUAUUCGCCUGGAGGGAAAGGCUGAAUGUGGAGCAGGUGAACCAGGUUGAAGCUUACUGCAGUGAGGUCAUGAGACAGCUGGGUUAUCAGAAGAGGAACAUGGACAAGAUCUAAGUUCAUCAAAACACGAGUGUCUGGAACCUGAUGUACAGGAAGCAGAAGAGGAUAGAGGAAGAACCUGACAUGAAUAUAAAGCCACCUGUGUUGAAACACUGACAGAGUUGAGGAACGACACCAUGAGAUCUCCCUCACAGUGCCAUCAUGGGAUGCAGAGUGGACGACACUAUGGUUUGAUAGGAGACUUCAAAUGAUACUGACAAAAGUCCUAUGAGACAGACACUAACAAUAACAGGGUGGAAACAUAGAUGAAAAAGAUAAUGGAUCAGCUAUGAAAGGCUCAGUCUCAGCUAUGUCCUGACAGCCAGAUUUCAUCAGCAAUAAUCCCUGCCCCAAUCCCUAGCAGCCCCAAAUCAGCCACAGGAGACAGACGCUUGGGUCUUUGUGUGCGAGAGCUCAUGUGCUUUUGCACAUUCACAAGGCCUGAAGAAGGGGCUAAAUAAAAGCAACAUUUUUAACUGUCCAGUUCCAUUUCUUGGCAAACAAUUGAGUGUUCUCAGUAUGUUGGAAGGAAUCAACGAAAACUCAAACAUUUCUAGGCGUUCCUGGAUUCCUCAAUACGGGAAAAGAAGAUUAUCCAUCAUGAACAAUCCAAUAUCAGUGUCACUGCCCUUUAAAUGAAUACAGACGUUAUUUGUAGUGUAAAGCGCAAAGUACAAUGUGGUGAAAUGAAGAUUGAGAGAGAGGUAAAGGAGUAAGAGUUUUCCCAAAGGAAGCGCAAACACCUGUAGCCUCUUUUCAGCUAUUUACAAACCGCCACUGGAGGUGUGAAUUUUCCCAGUUCCCUCUGGAGAUCAUCAUUUCAUUCUUUUUGUAUGAAGAUGGCUUGAGUUUGCCCUGGGCUGUUAGUCUUCACGCAUGUAAACAGGCCAUGAAAAGGAUAGUUUUACAAUUUGAAUACGUAAAUGGGCGGAACAUUUAGCCUAUACUUUAAUGGAAUUAAAUGGAAAUGCUACUUGUCAAAAACGUUGACAGUAUUAUCAUUUUUUUUAGUCAAAGUUAUUUUGUCGACUAGUGUUCUUUUAAUCCGCUGCAUCACUUUCACUCCGAUGGAAUUAACAAAUAAACCCUUCAAUGAACAAUUCUGUUAUUUAUAAGACUUAUGUAAAUAAAAUUUUAUAGUAAUGUU